AUGAGAGAUAUGGAGAAUAUAUGGGACUGGGUAUUGCAUCCUUAUCCAGAAGAAAACCAAGUGGUGCCAUCCAUGCCCGAGACUGAGAGCGAUUACAAUCUGAUGAUGCCCCUACCACCUACAUCAAUAGCAGCUGACGCAGAGCCAUUUAAAGAUGAGGAAGAACCCAAUGAGGAGGAGCAGCCUAGCGAUGAGAUCGAUGGAUUACCUAUAGACAAUUCGCCCUACCUAGAUUCAUCUUCCCAAUAA